AUGGCUGGAGAGGCUCACGGCCUAGAGAUCAGCGUCGCGGACCCGCUAUCGCUGUCUCCAUCACUGCUGGGACAGUGCGGGCGUCAAAUAGGUGUGGCGGCAAGGGAAUGGGAGCGUCGCAAAACGAGUGAUUACGCGCCUCUGCUUGCACGCAACCGGGGCGUGCAGUUCACCCCUUCCAUAGUUGAGACGUGGGGGUGUCUCGGCGGUCGUUUUCAGCGGUGGCUUCGUCAGCAGGGGGAUGCGCACGUGGGGCUAGCUGUGUCGCGGGGGGCUUGUCGAGAGGACGACUCUGUGUUUUCGGCUUAUCUUUUAGGGUCACUGAAGGCGCUCAUCGGGGUGGCGUUACAACGUGCGCAAGCCCGUGUCAUCCUGCUUCGAGCGGCGUCUUCCACGGGGGGGAUUAACGUAGAUUUGGCGGAUCGGGAGAGGGACGAUGUCGAUGUGGAAGGCGGGGCUCUCUGGGUGGAGGCCUCGUACAUGGUCGAUACCUUCUCGCGCUGCCCCCGACCGCCAACCAUGCGGGGCGUCCUCGCAUCAGGGCGCGCCAUAUGCACGGCUCGUCUGCUCGCCGCUGCACUGUUCGCGUGCGCGCUGGGCCUCGCGUCCGACGCGCUUACCGCCGCCGUGCACCCACCGCUUCUCGCGGGGUCACCCUCGCGCCACCACGUGGAGGCGGCGCCGGUUCGCGUGCGAGCGGCUGCGAGUCUGAUCGCGGCGGCUGUGAGCGGGGGGACGGGAGAGCGGCAUGCCGCUGCGCUGGCAGGCGCGGCGUUGAGUGGCGCCCUCGCGCGCGUCUAUCGCCGCCGCCACGCCCCUUCUCUGAGCGCCGACCCCGCCUGCCCUCCCGACCCCUCCCACCGUUUCAUCACUCACACGCAUCCCUCCUUGCCCAUCCCCACCAGCGAUACCCCUCCGCUGCAGCCACAAUGCGCGGAAGAAGGGCCGAGAUGCGCGGAUACUAGGGCUCCGCUCUUCCCCAUACUCGAAGGUCUGCUGGACGCCGCCGUGCUGCACCUCAUCGUCGCUGCCGCCACUCCUCUCCUCCCCCGCCUCCCAUCGCCCGCCACCCUCACCAACCACCCUGCCGGCCGUUUGCCUUUCGUGGCUGCGGCGCUCGCUCCACGGGCCCUCGCGCUGGGCCGCCUGCUGCUGCUGCUCGCCGCCACAGCCGCCGCCACCUCCUCGUCCUCCUCGCUCCUCCCCCUCCUCCUCCUCGCGCGCCCUCCAGCGGACCUCCCCGCCUUCUGGGCGCGCGCCCUGCGCCUGCUGCUGGCGGACCUCGUGGCGCUGCUGCUCGGCGCGCUGCUGCUGCCCCUGGCUUUCGCGCCUGCUGCGCCACUCGCGCACAUGCAAGGGGCGGGGGAGGCGGGUCAGGCGAGGGGGGAGGAGGGCACACUGGGGGAGGAGGGCACACUGGGGCAGGCGCAGGCUGGAAGGGAGGGGGGACAGAAGGGGUGCGGGGAGGAGAGCGAGGGCAUGGCGCAGGGAGGUAGUGGGGAAGGCAGUGGGGAGAGCAUCGGGGAAAGGGGAUGGGCGGAGGGGCUGUACGAUAAAGGGGGGGCGGCGCAUGGCAGGUGUGGGGGAGGCAUGCAGGCGAGCAGUGGGGGCGGAGGGGCAUGGGGCGUGGCGGUGGUGUGCGGGGUGGUGGCGGGCAGCUGUGGCGCUCUCCUCUCAGGCGCUCUCUCCGCCUCCCAUGCCGCCCCGCUCACCGCCCUGCUCGCCCCCACUCUCCUGUGCUGCGCCGCCCACUCGCCACGCCACCUUGCAGCCGCCACACUCGCACUCUCAGCAUCAACCCUCUCAGCCGCGUCAGCAGGGCUGGGCCCCUUUCACCGCGCUGUACCGGUUGAAGCUACGCUUCAGCUGCAGCUCUUCCUGCUCGCCCUCCUGCUGCUGGCCCACCUACUCCUGCCGCUCUCAACCGCCCCCUGCCCGCCCUGCAUCACCUGCUGCCACACCAACGCAGCGGAGUGGGCAGAGCGGGCACGGCGCGUGGCAGCGCUGGAGAGCCACGUGGCAGCACUGCAGGGCCAGGUGGCAGAGCUGGAGGGCGAGGUGCAGCAGGAGCGAGAGGUGGCGCGGGCGGCAGGGGAGGCGGUGCGUGCAGCGGUGGAGGCAAAGGUGCAGUUCAUGGCGAACAUGAGCCAUGAGAUCCGCACGCCCAUCCACGGCAUCCUCGGCAUGACCGACCUCGCCCUCGACAACCCCCUGCCCCCUGACGCCCGGGAACACCUUGAAACCGUGCUGCAGUCCGCCAACCACCUGCAGCUGCUGGUGGUGAACGACAUUCUGGACAUCACCAAGCUCGAGGCGGGCCGCCUGCACCUCGACUGCGCCCUCUUUGACCUGCGCGCUCUCCUCAACGGCAUCAUGACAAUGCUUGCCGCCCGCGCCGCCCUCAAGGGCCUGGCCUUCCAGUGGGAGGUGGAUGCGGCUGUGCCGCCCGUGCUGCUGGGCGAUGCCGUGCGCCUCCGACAGUGCCUGGUGAAUGUAGUGGGCAACGCCAUCAAGUUCACGGACCAGGGCAAGGUGCACAUCACAGUGCAUCCCUUCUCCCCCUCCCUCCUCUCACCAGCCCUCUCCCUCAUACCGCUUCCCUCCUCCCACUCCUCUCCCUCCUCCACCACCAUUUUUCCUCCUCAAGACCUCACGCCCUCUCACCUGUCUCCCUGCAAUUCCUCCUCCGCCUCCGCCUUCUCCUCCUCCUCCUCCUCCUCCUCCUCCUCCUCCUCCUCCUCCUCCUCCUCCUCCUCCUCCUCCUCCUCCUCCUCCUCCUCCUCCUCCUCCUCCUCCUCCUCCUCCUCCUCCUCCUCCUCCACCACCACCACCACCACACUCAAUUCCUCUGCUGCGUCCGCCUGUGCUACCGGCCCACCCCCCUCGCCCUCUGCCCCUGCUGCCCCUCAUGGCCCUUCUCCUGCGCGCAGCGACGCGGAUAAGAGGGGCGAUGAGGGUAAUGGGGGCAAAGGGGGCGAUGGGGGCAGUGGGAGGGGGUCAGAGGGAGCAGCAGCGCAGGGGGGGGAGGGAUUGGCGCUGCUCUUCACCAUCACUGACACGGGCGUUGUCUUUUCCCACCUCUGUCCUCCUCUGCCAUGCACCCGCGCCCUCUGCCCCAUGUGCUGUGCCCUCUCCGACGCCCUGCCUCCUGGGUGGGCGGUAGGCAUAGCGGCGGGCGAGCAGAGGCGCAUCUUCUGUGCGUUUGAGCAGGUGGACUCGUCCAUGUCGCGCCAGCACGGCGGCACGGGGCUCGGCCUCUCCAUCACCUCCCGGUAUGCCCCCCCUCUCCAUCACCUCCCGGUAUGCCCCCCCUCUCCAUCACCUCCCGGUAUGCCCCCCCUCUCCAUCACCUCCCGGUAUGCCCCCCCUCUCCAUCACCUCCCGGUAUGCCCCCCCUCUCCAUCACCUCCCGGUAUGCCCCCCCUCUACAUCACCUCCCGGCUCGUUCACAUGAUGGGCGGCAGCAUUUGGCUGCACUCGUCUCCUGGCGCCGGCAGCACCUUUGCCUUCUCUGCCACCUUUGCUGCGCCGCCCGUCUCCCCCUCCACCCCCCAUGCUGCCCUCCCCCCGGCCCCACGGCGCACGGUGAGUGCGGAGGAGCUGGACGGCCGCCUGGCGCUGGACGCCCUCUCGCUCUCACUGUUGCCCUCCCUCGUCCUCCACCGCUCCUCCUCCCGCGCCCUGCCUCCCCCCCUCUCGCCCUCCGCCGCCUCCUCUGCUGCCAGCGCUGCCGCACCCCUAUGUGCGCGCUCGCCUGCUGCCGCCCGCAUGGGGUUCAGCUUCCCGGGGCAGGCAGACGCCGCGUUGGACGCUGCAGCAGGCGGGGCAGGGCAGCACGGCGCAUGGGAGAGGGUUGCAGCGGCAGGGCGAGGUGGAGGAGGCGAGGGCGGACGCAUGGAUGCCAGAGCGGACGCAGCAGGGGGUGCAGGUGGUGGGGGUGCGGUGCAGGGCAGGGCAGGGCGCAGCCGGCGCAGAACACAGAGUUUCACAUGUGGGGAUGCGAGCACAGGGCGCAUGCUGGAGGAGGUGCUGCGGCAGGCGAGCAGGGAGCAGCAGGCAGGCCAGCUACCCUCCAGCAGACUCGGUGCUGCUGGCCCCCACGCCCAUGCCACCGCUGCCCUUGCAGCCGCCUCUGCACUGGUUGGUGCGAGGGGCAGCAAUGGUGGUGGUGAGGAGCGUCGCUGUGACGAGGCUCAUGUUGGCACAUGCUCCCGUGUUGACAGUGCGCAACAGAGCAGCGGCACGGUUACAGCCGUAACAGCAGCAGUGGCAGCUGCGGCAGCGGCAGUGGCAGCAGCGGCAGCUGUUGCAGAAAAGGGUGCAGAGGAAGUCUCCUCAGGUUCAGAUGGGUGGAUGUUUCCAUUCGGUCUUCGUGCUUCUCAUGACCCUCAUCCACUCCCCCUGCAGCAGCCACAGCAGCAGCAGCAGCAGCAGCGGCAGCAGGUUGAGGAGAAGAAGCAGCAAGAGCAGGAGCAGCAGGGGCGAGUAGCAGUGGGGCAGCUGGAGAGGAGCAGCAGCGAGGGCUUUGCCAUGCGGCGGCGGCAUCUGCUGGUGGUGCGCGGGCGCACGCGGUCCCUGGAGUGCAUGGGGGCGCGACAGGCCCAGGAGUGGGCCGGUGCACGCUCAGAGCACACUGGGGACGCGCAGGGCGGGCGGAGAGAGGGCGAUGCGAGGGGCACAAGCGGCACCACAGGCAGCAGAGCAGCAGUGGCGGGCAGAGAGGGUGGUGGUGGGGAUGGUGGCGAGGAGAGCCGGCAGGGGAGCAGCAGCCCUGGGGUGGAGGUGCCUCGCCUGCCAUCGUGGAGCCCACUCAGUGGCAGUGGGGCGCGCAUGGCAGGCAGUCCGCGCACAGAGGGGGGCAUGGGAGGCACGGGAGUCAUGGGGGCCACGGGAGGCAUGGGGGGCAUGGGAGGCAGAGCAGCAAGCAACGAGCCCAGAAGCCCCCAUGCACAAGCAGGUGCGGCUCGUGCUGGUGGUGGUGGUGGUGGUGGUGGUGGUGGCACGGACAGUGGUGGCGUGGAGGCGAGUGUGGCGAAGCUGAGCCGCGUGGUGGAGAGGGAGGACGAGGGGUUGAGUGAGGAUGAUGCCCCCGCCGCCCGCACAGCGCAGCAGAGCAGGAGAGAGGCGCGUGUGCUGCGAGGCAGCGCUGGGCGGCUAUCGGUGGAGGGCAGCGUGGCGGAGCUGCAAGGGGCGCGUGCAGGCGGUGAGAGGGAGCAGGGCGGCGCUGGUGUGCUGAGGGAGCAGGGCGCAGGGCAGGGUGUGGGGAGGGCGAGAGAAGAGGAGCGGUUGAAAGGACUGAGUGCAUGUGAGGAGGACGAGAGAGAGGAGUUGGGACAGAGAGGCCGGAGCGGGUGGCAGGGCCCUCCCUUGUCGGCGAGUGCGAGUGGGUGGUCGACGGAGGCAGCAGCUGAGAUGCGCCCCAGCGUGAGCUUCAAGGAGAAUCUCUCUGCACGCCACCGUGAGGAGGGGGAGCCCUUGCAGGCAGCACUGGGCAAUGCCAGCCCUGACCCCUGUGAGGCACUCAGUCGUGGCGGUUCGAGCAGCGGUAGUGGGGAUGCAGCCGCAGCUACAGCAGAGGCGGCAUCAGGCAGCAGGGCGGGUGCAUGCGGGUUGUUGGGACGACAGAGGCAGCUGCGAGUGCAGCACCUCACCUUCCAGCUGCCUGACGACACCUCCCCUGCGCACUCGCCCUCCACCCCCACCUUUGACUCGCGCCGCCCGUCCCUCAAGCCGCCUGCGCCCGCUGCCCCCUCCGCCAUCUCACCGCGCCCGCCUGUGUCCCCGCGGCGGCCUUACGGGGACGCGGCUGAGCCGAGCACCAUGGAGGCCAUCUACGCGCGCAUCCAGGCCCAAGCUGCCGCCUCGCGCCCCCUCGCCCCCACGCGCUCGCCCUCCACCGCCGCCGCUGCAGGCGACGGCGCGCGCAGCUUGGCACGCGGGAGGGAGCCGCCCGCCCUGGACGUGCCGUCCACACCGUCGUCCUCCGCACGCCGCGCUGCUGGAGGGGGCCUGCUGCGCCAGAAGUCAGGCGGGAUGGUGCUGCUGCAGCGGCAGGGCACAGGGGUGGGGCGGCAGGGCGGGGGGCUGGUGAGGCAGGGCACGGGGCUGGGGCGGCAGGCGAGUGUGAAGCUGAAGCAGAAGCCGGUGCGCGCGGCGAGCCCACGGGCCAUGCUGUCGGCGGUGGCGCUGAACAUCCUGCUGGCGGACGACAGCGUGGUGAACCAGAAGGUGGCGGUGCGCUUCCUCAAGAAGAAGGGCAUGGUGGCGGACGCCGUGGGCGACGGCGCUCAGGCCAUCCAGCGCCUCUACCCCAAGGAUGGCGGCAUCUCCCCCUACGACCUCCUGCUGCUCGACGUGCAGAUGCCAGUGAUGGAUGGACUUCAAACCGUGCGGGUUAUUCGUGAGAAGGAGACGGCAGAGAAGCUUCCCCACCUUCCAGUCAUUGGGCUGACAGCGCAUGCGGCCGACGUGUACCGCGACCAGUGCAUCUCCGCCGGCAUGGACGGCUUCGUCUCCAAGCCAUUCACUGUGAAUCAGCUGUUGAGCAUGAUGCAGUCUGUGCUUGAAAAGUAUUCGCAUAAACGAUUGCCACCUGAAGCUAUGGCAUCGUAA